CCAAGCAUCAGCGCUCCGCAGCUGGUCGCCAGUUCCACCUGUCCACUGCGCAGAAGACGACAAAGCCGCAAGCAACCGCCGUCAAUACUCUUCCGAGAAGCAUCCUGGUCGGCGUAUCGGCGGUGACCCUUUGAGCGAGACGCAGCCUGCCCUGCUGACGCAAUUGCCGACGCCCGCGGACUAGUCAUCGACCUCUUUUGCAGACCCAUAGACACCGACACCAUGGAUCAGCCUCGCCGGUCCGUCAGCGCUCACACCACGCUCGACUCUGAGGAAGUUCCUCCCCACUUUGCCUGCCGUAUCCGGGUAUUGGGAAACCUUAAGGAACACAACCUCAGAAUGGCUGAGGAGCUUUUGCAGUCCUUUGGCACUGAAUUCAUUAGACGUGAGACCGACGUCGACCUCAACGAGAACGACGCUAGCAGCGGCGAGCCCCGCAACAACGUACUUUACCUUUGUGGCAAGCUACAGUCCAGCUGCACCAUCACCGUCUCAGAUCACACCGAGAAUAGCGUUCCUAGUCAUAUGUAUACGUCCACGAAGACCACGACUGCUUUCCUCCCCCGUGAUGCUAUGGGCGCCGUCAACGGCAGUGAUAGUGGCGGCAGUGACCAAGACGACAGAGGCAGCGCCAUAGGUGGCAGGGUGAGCCUUGCGAACCUAGAAGUCAUCGGUUUCGACGGCCGCAACAACAACGCCGCCGGUGCCGUCAACGACGGAGCCAGCAGCGACAACGAUGAUAGUUCCAGCGCGAUCGACGACUCCGUCUACAGCUCCGACAUCAACAGCACGAGCACCGUCAACGGCUCCAUCUACAGCACUCCCCUGACCAGCCCGCCUACUUCCUCGGACGGCAGCACCACUUCCGCUUCUUCCGUGCCGCAAGGCACUCACCCCCAUGCGCAGGCUCCCGCCACACAGGCCCAAGAAGUCGCUUCCAGCAACGAUGAGGCCGGCGUUCAGUCUGACGAGGGUUUCUACGAGGCUGACGACGAGUCUGACGACCAAGGCGACGGGAGCGCCCAUGAGGCUGAUGACGAGGAUGACGUUCAGCCCGAUGAAGGCACCCAUGAGGUUGAAGAUGAGGUCGACGUUCAGGCCGACGAAGCUAACAACGAAGCCACCAACGAGGCCCUCACUGAGGCAGACGACGCGCCUGCCGUCGCGGUUGCCGAAGCUGCCCAUGAGGUAGUCGAAGAGCACACCGGUGAUGUCGACGAGCCCGCCGUCGAGGUCGAUGAAGCCGUCCAUGAGGCGGUCGACGAGACCAACUACGAGAACGACAACACAGUCUACGGCAACAUCCCGGAUGAGUACUUCUUCGAGGCUGAGAGAGUCGACAAGGAGUUGCGUCGUAAGCCUUCGUGUGGAGGUCUGCAGGCUGAAGAUGCUUGAAGACCCUCUGGUGUCAUGAGGAUGAGUUGUGGCCGGUAGGUGUGCUCACUGAGUCUGCCA